AUGGCCGCCGCCGCGGGCCUGCAGGCCUUGAGGGCGAAGGGGUCGGGCUGGCUCCGGCGCGGCCCGUGGCCUCCGCUCACCGCCGGCUUCCGCAGCGGGGGACCGGCCGGGGUCGGGCGGCCGGAGCCGGGGUCGCGACCCACCAGCACGCGGCAGCGGGACGGCAUCAGGUCAGCGGCCCGCGGGCGUGCGGGGCUGUUCCCAGGGAGGGUGGCCGGCGGGACCCGGGAAGAGAGAGGGGCGGAGGAGGCCGGGCCGCCGGCCGCGCCACCCCACGCGGAGUACAGCGAGGCUCGGUCAGUGGUCAGCUCCGCCCGCCACGGAGCCCAGUUUAUCCAUCACAACGGAUCGGUCCGGCGGAGAAGUCCGACGUGGAGGGAAUCCGCGGAUGCUGCGUUUACAGACGUCCCUUGCCUGGGCCCAGUGACCUUCGAGACCCUGCAGGACGCACACGAAGGAUUUAAGUGGGGCUACCUGGGAGGGCUCCAGGGCGCCUCGGUGGAGGAGUCCAAGAAGCGGGCCCGUGAACUUGUGGGUCUGGAGCUCAGAGAAAGGUUUGAAGUGGGGCAAAGACUGGGCGUGGUCAGCACAGAGGUGGUAGCUGAUACCAAGGCCACGGUGAAGUUGCCCGAGAGGAGUGUCAUGAUGCUGAUCCAGACCCACCCAGUCCCCAUCAUCGCCAUGGUGAACGGCCUGGCCGAGUGUCAGCUGGUUGCCAGCUGUGACAUCGCUGUGGCGAGUGACAAGUCCUUUGCCACGCCGGGCGUGAACAUUGGGCUCUUCUGCUGCCCCGGGGUGGCCUUGGGGAGAGCGGUGCCGAGAAAGGUGGCCUUGGAGGUGCUCUUCACCGGGGAGCCUGUUUCUACGCGGGAGGCCCUGUUCCACGGGCUGCUGAGCAGGGUGGUGCCGGAGGACGAGACCACGCGGAUGGCGAGGAAGGUGGCCUCGCCGGGCCGGCCUGUGCUGUCGCUGGGCAAAGCCACCUUCUACAGGCAGCUGGCUCGGGACCUCAGGACCGCCUGCCACCUCACCUCCCAGACCAUGGUGGACAACCUGGGCCUGCCGGAUGGCCAGGAGGGGGUCAAGGCCUUCCUCCAGAAGAGGAAGCCCGUCUGGUCACACUGA